AUGGCCACCGUACAACUCGAACCCUUCUCCCUUAUUCGCUCUUCCCAACACCCACGCACACUCGCUUCCUCCCUCUCCUGUCGUCCGAUCACUGCUAGGUUUCCUCCCUACACCGCCCUCAAGCUACGACCACUCACCGCCACUAGUUUGCGGAGUCAAUUCGUUCCUCGCGGCGGAAGAGUCCUGUGCGUGGCUCGAGAUACUGCUGUUGAAGUGGCUUCUAUUACUGAUGAAAAUUGGCAAUCCCUCGUAAUCGAAUCCGAAACUCCAGUGUUAGUUGAAUUCUGGGCUCCAUGGUGUGGUCCCUGCCGAAUGAUGCAUCCCAUAAUUGACGAGCUGGCAAAGGAAUACGUAGGUAAGUUCAAGUGUUACAAACUCAAUACUGAUGAGAGUCCUUCAACUGCUACUCGCUAUGGGAUUCGAAGUAUUCCAACUGUCAUCUUCUUCAAGGAUGGCGAAAAGAAAGAUGCAAUUAUCGGUGCUGUACCUAAGGCAUCAUUGAUCACAAAUAUAGAAAAAUUCCUGUGA